GGGGUAUAACAGCACUAUUACAUUAUUUGAAUUUAUUUCAUGAGAAAGAAAUACAAAAUCGCAUUUUCGUGGCACAUCAACACUGAACGCACUAUUGUCGAUCAGACUAAAUUCAGACGAUGGGCGCCCAGCAGUCGUCCUACGCCGACACUGCGACAAGACACGAUUCGCCAAAGAAAGCAGAUUACUAUCAACUACUUGGAGUCGACCGCCAAGCUAGCGAUGACGAAAUCAAGAAGGCAUAUAGGAAAAAAGCUCUAGAACUACAUCCGGAUCGAAACUACGGCGAUGUCGAAAACGCCACACAGAGAUUUGCUGAAGUUCAAGCCGCCUACGAAGUCCUUUCCGAUCCACAGGAGCGUGCUUGGUACGAUUCUCACCGUGAUGCCAUUCUCCGUGGCGAGGACCCAGCUGACGUUGGGGCAACUCCUGAAUAUAACGACGUCCGUCUAACUACUGCCGACGAAAUAUAUGCGUUGAUUGGUCGUUUUAAUAAAAGAGUUCCCUUUGACGAUUCCCCGCAGAGCUUCUUUAUUAUCUUACAGCACAUGUUCGAUAAAAUAGCCCAGGGAGAGAAUGCAGUUGGCGAAUGGGAUGGCCUACUUCCCAUCCAGUACCCUCCCUUUGGCACAUCCAAGGCCGACGAUGUAGUUGUGAAGGCCUUCUACAGCGAGUGGUCCAACUUUUCAACUAAGCUUGUGUUUGCCUGGAAAGAUAGAUGGCGGCUUUCAGACGCGCCGGAUCGGAGGAUACGCCGCCUCAUGGAGAAAGAGAACAAGAAAUUACGAGAGGAUGGCAUACGCGAAUUCAACGACGCCGUGCGUUCCUUGGUUGCUUUCACUCGCAAACGCGACCCCCGUUGCACUUCUAACGCCCAAUCGGAGGCCGAUAGACAGAAAAUACUGCGCGACUCGGUUGCAGCACAAGCUGCCAGGUCGAGAGCUGCAAAUCAACAGAAGAUGAACGAUCCUCUAGCCAUCCCCGAGUGGGCGCAGUCACAGGGCAAUGAAUUGCACCAGGGGGAAUUUUCCGAGACUGACGAAGAAUCCGAAGUCGAACACAUAGAAUGCGUGGUGUGCAAUAAGAUAUUCAAGAGCGAAAAACAGUACGAGGCCCAUGAGAAGAGCAAGAAGCACUUGAAGGCCGUUCAGCAGUUGCAGAGGCAGAUGAAAAAGGAGAACGCAAGUCUUGAUUUGAAUGCGGAGGCUACCUCAACGUCGACAUCUGAGAUGCCAGGCAUGGAUGAUUACUACGUAGACGACGAGAUUGCCGCCGCUGAGAGUAGUGCGCUCGGUAGCAAGCUUGGCAUCACGCAGACGGACAGGUCUCGCGGGACUGAAGUAAUUGCUGGAACUGAUACAGAACCUACAAGCCCCCACGUUACAACAGUCGACUCGGAGAAUGAGAGUGAGGAUGAUAACUAUGCCUCGAGAGAUGCUGUCGAGGCACGGCUCGUCUCGGGGAAGCAAAAGAAAGACGAUCAUUCGCAGGGCAAUGGAGAAAGUUCUAUCGAUAAUAUUACCAGCGAAUUAGAAGGUAUCUUGCUGACAGGCGGCGAACCUACCAAGAAGGUAGGCAAGGCAAAAGCCAAGAGGGAGAAAAGAGCCGCUCGCCAAGCCACUUCAGAGCAAGACGACACGAAGUGCACAGCCUGCAACAACACGUUCGAGUCCAGGACACAGCUAUUCAAACACUUGAAGAAAACUGGCCAUGCGGCCACAAAGAUCGUUACAUCGUCUAAGCCCAACAAGAAAAAGCGGUAGAUGAUUGUUAUCAAAUGACCUAGAAGUUUGUAUCGAUAUGCCGUCUAACAAUCCAGUACGUUGCGAACGUUGCGACAAGGAAACGUCACCCGUUCGUCUCUGUCCCUUAACGACCACCAAGCCAAAGCGGAGCCUGAGCAGUAACCUGCCAU